CUUUCCUCCCCCUCUCCUCCUCCCUCUUGGCCAGAUCCUUCACCCAUUAUGGCACUCCAUCUCUUCUCGUGGUCGCCUUUGCGCACCGUUGGCUCGACACUUGGGUCGGUGUCCGCUGUUGCUACCGCUGCUUGUCGCUGGAAUUCGACGGUUGCUCCGAACGCCCCUGCGCCUCGACGGGGACUUCGACCUCAGACGAAUAAAAUGUACCACAACCGCCGUAAACCGUCCCGUCAACAAUUCCUAGAGGAUCAGAGGGCUCAGAAUGAAGGCAGGGCCCUGGAGAAGUUUCAGACGCGUGACUGGAGCGCGGGUGAUGUCUACUCCCCUCAUGAUCUUAGCCCGACAGAGAUGAAGAAAUGGAAGAAGCGCAACAGCCCAUCUACUGAUGCGUUUGAUGCUCUGAAUCUGAACCCUCUACAUCUGUAUAAGAACUUCUCCAUCAUGUCGGAAUACGUCACUUCGAUGGGACGGAUAAAGAACAGAAACACCACUGGUCUGCGACCGGUCAACCAGCGCAAAAUUUCCAAGGCCAUCCGGAGGGCGAUUGGCCUUGGUCUCAUGCCCAGUGUUCACCGACACCCGGAAAUUCUGGCGGCCGAGGCAAAGGCCAGGAUGGAGGGAGGAGGUGGUUAUUGAAUAGAGUUCCCUGUAUAACAUUAGUUUCGGUCAUGGACUGGACUCGGUUUGCUUUUAUAUGUUUUACCCCCAGCUUUCAGAUUCACCUGGUGCCUUGUUCUUGUCUUUUCUGUUAGCCAGAUGAUCUUGACGGGAUGGAGUAUGUAUAACUACGAUUACUAUUACCACCACUGUUAUCAUUCCAAUCCAAUCCUAU